ACCGUCGCCGCCAGAACAACACAAUCGGUCCUUGGCACAAGUCGGAACUCGUCUUUUCGGUUUCCUCUGCCUGAUUCGCGUCGAAUACCGAAUAUUUGGAUGAACAUUUUCAGAAGGUUCUCAGCCAUGACACUGAAGGAGUUCGCCGACGUUCCCUGUGAGGUUGCCAUCGUUGGCAUGGGCUGCUUCUGGGGUGUGGAAUCUCUGUACGGUAUCCAGAGAGGCGUUCUUCGAACGUGCGUCGGCUACACUGGUGGUAAAACAACGGGUCCAACAUACCAUGACUUGGAGAACCACACGGAAGUCGUGAAAAUCGAAUAUGACCCCACCGUGAUUGAAUUUGCAAAAAUUGUGGAUAUUUUCUUCGAGAAGCACGACCCUACCGUCCAGUACAAGCCUCAGUACAUGUCGGUGAUUUUCUGCCAAGAUGAUUCGCAGAGAGAGACCGCCGAGAAGAAACUCGAGGCGGCACGAGCGAUCGCGAAAAAAAUUGUCACUCAGAUCAAACCCAAGACGCCUUUCUAUCCCGCUGAGCUUUAUCACCAGAAAUACCGGCUGCAAUGCAACAAAGAGGUCAUGAAGUUGGCAGCGAAAGCGGGAUUGACAGACGUGAUCACGAGUCAUGUGGCUGCUCGGAUCAACGGAUACCUCGGAGGCCAAGGGACACUGGAGCAACUCCAAAGCGAAGAUCUAGGAAUGACUCCUGAACUGACCAAGUACCUCGAAGAUCUACUCAAGAGGGGGAUCCGCGUAUCUUGCCAUUGAUCAAGCCGUGCGUGAUUUUUGAAAAAUCGAGGAAAUUGAGUUUUUCGUAGUCUUUCAAAUACAUGUAAAGCGAACAUCAUCCUUUCACCUCACGAUCUGGCGCAAAUCGACCAUAUCCUUCGCCUUAAUAAAGUAGGUUCCUCCGGGAAAAUGAUACGACUCGAGAUGCAAUUCAUAUCGAGGCACUUCUGAAUCAGAGGUUGCCGAAUCGAGGUAUUGCCCAUAUUCCGUAUCAUAGAUUACCUU